GGCUCCAGCUGAGCUCGGCUCAGCCAAGUUCAUUACGCCCCCGUGGACGGCGUCGACAGACCCCGUCCGCGACCGCGACCGAAUCGGCGCGGGACCAUGUUGCGCUUGGCCGUGAAACGAGAUCGUCAAAGAGAAAGUGCUUUGGCCAAGGCACCACUGAACAGAAGCCUUGCAAAAGCCACACCAAAGCAUUUGAACGCCUACAUCAUUUGCGAAUCGAAUCGGGCCAAAGGCUUUCCCAUCAGACAUGUGAGUGAAGGUUUCGAGAAGUUGUUCGGAUACUCCGCAGAGGAAUGUCUCGGAAGCAGUUGCACCUCAUUGGUGACCGGUUUGGAUGGAAACCUGAACAAGGCGACAUCCACUCUGGGGUUCCAAGGUAGCACUGAGCAUAUGACCAUGAUAGCAGAACAAGCUAUGCACAGCGCAGCUGGGGGCUCAUCGAUCCUCAUAGUAGCUGCGAAGAAAUCGGGAGAGUUGUUCGCUUGCGAAUGGUCGAUGUGCACAAACCAACACCCAACGCUGGGUUGGUCGUACCACGCUGGCAUGCUUAGAGAUGUUUCCAAUGAGAUCUCGUUCUUCGAUCUCUUGAAGUCUGCGGAGGAUGAUCUUAGAUACUCACGACUUUGCUCCGACUGGGCCCAACGGGUGCGCUCGCUCGUCUCACACUCGCUGCGGUCCAUUUCUGCAGAUCUCGACCAAGCGGCCGAGAUGAUGUGGAAGGGUGAACUUCGCAAGGAGAUCCAGCCCAAGUCUGGUGGGAAGUCUUUAGAGGUCGACGCAUGUUCCAUUUGGAGUCGAAGCACCGCAUCCACCUUGACGAGCAGAAGCUCACGUUCCACGUUGCAAGAACGACCUGUUGGCACCUUCCAUUUUGCGGCUUUAGUCCAAGAUGCGCAGGGUGUGGAGCACGCUGAUGGUGCCAGCCAUGCGGAUGCUUCGGCCAACAAGCGCCUCUGCCGGCGUGACAAGCACAGCGAAGAUACAGGAAUGGAGUCCACGGGCGACGGAUCCGACGCGCUUUUCAAUGCGCCGGAUCCGGGCCAACACGUGAAUCGCGCGGUGCUCAGGAACAUGAAGAUUCCCUUUGUUGUGGCAACACCAACGGUGCAGGGCUUUCCCAUAGCUCUACGUUCCUCUGGCUUUGAGGACUUGCAGGGACCUUCCAUUCAAGUGAAGAAGGGCUCCGACGCGCGGCAAGUCCUGAAGCCCUCCAGUCCCAAGGAUUUGCCUCGUUGGAACGCCUUCUUCGACUCGGUCAUGCAGGGCCAGUUCUUCCCCAACGAGGCCGAGUUUCAGGGUGAGGGUUUGCCACCGGCUCCGCACAACGAGUGGCCUCUGGCCAACGGCGAGCUCGCCUUCAUACAGACCUACCAUGGGAAGUUCGGGAACCCCAUGCAAUGCCUGGUAUAUCUCAAGCAUUUGGAGUUGGACGACGUCCCUUAUCUCCUGGCUCUCCAUGCAUAUGUACCCAGUGAUGCCGAGCAGGAUAGUAGCGUUGAUGGACUCUUCUACAGGGUCUCAGCCCGAGUAGAUGAGGUGAUCUACCAAAUGGCAUCGGAAUUCAUGUACUUCGCGCCGAUCAGGAGACAGGGGAAGUACCAUUCGAUGUGAGAGUCAUUUUUCGACCCGCGAAGAAGCUUAGCCUGGUCAAGCAUAGUUCAAAUAGCCUAGGCUUCACCAGGGCGGGCGUUGUUUCGGUGGGAUGCCGCUCGAGGGAAAAUGGCGGAAGCUGGUGAGUGAGUUCUCAAUGCGUUCGUUGCUUUUCGGU